AUGCUGGACGCGAUUCAUCCUCCGACAUCACCACCUUAUUUAGGUACAGAUCCACCAACUCCAUUACCUUCUUCACAAGCUGAUUAUAAUAUGAAUUCUGAUCCUCCAGAAGAACCACUACAACAACAAAAACAACAAGAAAAUGGAAUAAAACAAGAAGAUGAGGAACCAUCAACCAAGAAGCAUAAACCAAAUUCAGCAAAUACAACUGCAGAAAAUACACCUGCUCCAAUUUCAAGCACAUCAACUACUUCAGCAAGUACAAAUAAUCCACCUAAAAAGACAAGUGCAGAACAAUUAAAACGUCGAAGAGAAAAUAGACAAAAAGCAGCUGCUGUAUUAGCUCAAAAUUUAAAAAACUCAGGAGUAAGUAGAUAUGAACAAGAAAAUGGAUUUGGAUUAUCAAGUAUUAAACCGGUACCAUUAAUUAAUCAAAAAAAUUAUUAUACAGAAUAUUUAAAAAAAGAUGAACAAGUAAGUUUUAUAAGGAAUUGGAGAUUUGAAAGAGAUUUAGCAGCAAAAUUAAAGAAAUUAAAACAGAAUGGAGGUAAUGAAGAAGAUUUGAAAAAAAAUUUAGAAGAAAUUAAAAAUUUUGAUAAUUUUGAUUUAAAUAAUAUUGAAAAUGAAAUGAAAAAGAAAACAGAAGUUGAUGAUGAAGAUGAUGAUGAUGAAGAAGCGGAAAAUGAAACCGAAGAAGUGAGACAAGAAAAAGCUAAAAUUGGAGAAGAUGUUAUUGUAUUACAACCUGGUUCUUCAUAUAUUAGAAUUGGAAGAGCAACUGAUGCAGUACCGAAAAUUAUACCAAAUGUUAUAGCAGUGAGAAAUCAAAAACCUAAACAAACUGUAAUAACCCCAGAUAGACAUGUUGAUGAAGAACACGAUAAGAUAAUUAUAGAUGAAGAAUUUGAUGAACAAAGAGCCAAAGUGUCAAAAGAUUUUAGAGCAAGAAUGAGAUUUUAUAAAAGAAGAAUUAUACCCAACUCAAGGGAAACAGUUGCCAAUUACAACAAAAAACAAGAAUCUGAAAAAAUUCCAGAUCACAAUGAUCCAAAUAAAAAAGAAUGGAUAAAACCUGAUUCAUCAAAGAAAUUUUAUGCAGGUGAAGAUGCUUUAAAAUUAAAUUUAGAAGAUGGUUGGAAUUUGAGGUAUCCAAUGAUAAAUUCUAAUUUUAAUGAAUAUUCAAAAGAUUAUAAAUCAAGACAAGAAAUUUUGGGAGAUUUAACUAAUAUAAUUAAAGAUUCAUUACAAAAAUUAGAAAUAGAAAAUUUAGCAGAUUUAAAAGUAAUGUUAAUUAUACCUGAUUUAUAUGAUAAAACUUAUGUUGAAACUUGGUGUGAUUUAUUGUUGAGAUUUGUUGGAUUUGGAAAAGUUGGUAUAUUACAAGAAGCAGUAGCUGCAACUUUUGGAGCAGGUGCUUCUACAGCUUGUAUAGUUGAUGUUGGAGCACAAACCACUAAAAUAAGUUGUGUUGAUGAAGGUAUGAUUAUAAAUGAUUCAAGAAUUUUAUUAAGGUAUGGAGGUGAUAAUAUAACUGAAACUUUUGUAAAAUUAAUUUUAGAAAAUUGGUUUCCUUACAAAGAUAUAAAUUUAUUAAAUUCAUAUGAUUGGGAAUUGGCUAAAAAUUUAAAAGAAAAUUUUAUAACUUUCCAAGAUGCAGAUAUUGCAGUACAAUUAUAUAAUUUUUACAAGAGAAAUCCAUUUUCACAAACUGAAAAAUUUGAAUUUAAAAUAUUUGAUGAAGUUAUGUUAGCUCCAAUGGGAUUAUUUUUUCCAGAAUUAUUUCAAUUCCCCAAAUCUCCCAAGAAGAAUAAAUCUUCAAAUCCAGCAAUUUUUAGUUCAACAAAACCUUCUAAUUUAACAUUAAAUCAUUUAUUCCCCAAGGCAUUAGAUCAAUAUAAUGGUAAAUCAAGUAAUCCAAAACUGAAAAGUCAAGAAAAAUUAAAAACAAAUUUAAAUUAUUGUGAUUUAGAUGAAAAAAAUUUAUUAUUAAGAUUAAUUGAUAAUGAUAAUGAUGAAGAAAAUGAAGAAAAUAUAAAAAAAUCAGAAAAAUUUAAUAAUGAUUUAAAUUUAAAUAAAACUCCAUUAGAAAAAGCAAUAGUUGAAUCAAUUACAAAUGCAAGUUUAUCAAAUGAUUUAAGUAAAAUGAAAAAAUUUUAUGAUAAUAUUUUAAUAGUUGGUGGAGGUUUAGCUAAAAUUAAUGGUUAUGAUUUAAUAUUAGCUGAUAGAAUAAAUAUAUGGAGACCUAAAUUUUUAUCAUCAACUUCAUUUGAUACAAUUAUUGAACAUUUAACAAGUGAAGUUAAAAAAAACACUUUACAAAAACAGCAAUUAUUAGAUGAAGCAAUAAAAGAAGCAAAAGAAGCUAAAGCUGCAGCAAAAGAAGAAGCAAUAGCGAAUGGUGAAGAACAACCACCCACAGAAUCGACUACCAACAAUAACAACACCAAUGAAGAAGAAAUUGAAUUAUCACAAGAAAUAAUAGAUUCAAUAGAUUCACAAACAGAAUUAAAUUUAGAUUUAAUUUAUUAUGAUAAAUUAUCAGAUGAAGGUAAUCAUAUACCAAUAAAUAUUUUACCAACACCAAGAGAAUUUGAUCCUUCAAUGCUUACAUGGAAAGGUGGAUCAGUAUAUUCAAGAUUAAAAGUUGUUAAUGAAAUGUGGAUAAAUCAAAAAGAUUGGGAUCUUUUAGGUAGUAGAAGUUUAUAUUAUAAAAGUAUAUUUAAUUAUUAA